UGAUAGCGAUAUGUGAAACACUACAUUUUUUAAGUUUUUUUCCUAUUUACCGAAGUUCAACGAGAGUUUUAACUUUCAUUUUCACUGUACAAUAGAUGAAAUGUAAUUUAAUUGACAAGAUUUGUCUUCAAAAGAACCCGGUCAAAUCUAUAUGGUUGUCUCUGUCACUGCCAUGAAACAUUUAACUUUAUCAUCUGGAUUUGACAAGGUCAAACUAAGUGUCAAGCUUUGAGACGAAUAUAUUAAAAAUUAGCUUUCAUCAUAUUUUUCUUACUCUGAUUCUACUUGAUCCAGAAUACAAAAAACUCAUUUCAAUCUUAUACUUUUAAACACAGAAAUUAUUCCAAAUCGCUUUUAACUUCUUCGAGCGAAUUUUUCAUAUCAAUAUUCAUAACAAUCCGUGCAGUAUCGAUUACACUACUCCAAGUUUUAUCAUUUAAAUCGGCGACUCUUUGUCAAAACAAAAUUUUUCCGCAAUUUUUGUAAAAUGUAUGGUGUUAAAAGAAGUAAAAUGGAAGAAGAAGGGGAAGGAUCAGGAGAGAAUCAGAAUCAAAAUCAAAACAACACCAACGAAAAUCAGAUUGAUGUUGCUGUAGCUGACCGAUCAAAUAUGGAAUUCACAAGCAUAAACAUCGAUUGCCUCGAAGAACUAUUUGAAUGGUUAUCACUAAAAGAUCUAUUUGCCCUUCGUCGGACGUGCAAGCGAUUGAAGAAAGUUGUUGACUAUUAUAUAAAAACCAAUUAUCCGACCGUCGGAAAUGCCCGAAUUAAAGAAAGUAACAUUCAACAAUAUUUCCAAGCAGAUACUGCCCUUAUAAAAGCUGCCACCGUUGAUCUGGAACGUGUGUUGCGUGAAACCGAAAUAAGCGAGAUCGAAAAGAUUCUAAAUGCAAUUGAAUGGAUUCAUAUAAGAGAUUACCAAAUUAACCGUGAAUCGGAUUUUAAUGAUGUUUUUCUAAAGCAUUGCAUCAAUUUGAAAGUUUUAUGGAUUCUCCACAGACGUGGAAAUUUAAUUGGAUCGAAUGACAACUGGUUGUGUCGACACUAUCCAACAAUUGAACAUAUAUAUUUGGGAGAGUUAUUAACUAGAAAUUCCCUCGAAAUGCCAAAACUGACGAGACUUUUAAAUUUAAAUCCACAACUUCAAACAUUUGCGAUCAAUUCCAUAAUAUUCCUUGCUAAUAAAAAUGUGCUCAUCAAUUCUGGAAUUCAAAUUAAUCAACUGGAGAUUAAUCGCAGUAAUGGUGAUGGCAGCGAUUUGUCUCAAGUCAUUCAUAUGUUAAACGAACUGUAUCUUAUUGGUUUUUAUAAGCAACUUCAUUAUUAUACUGUUAGCGUUCUUUUCGAGAAUCAUUUGCGUGAAUUGGCAACGAUACCAGCGAUAAGCAUGUUGACUUUUUCUGGUCUUAUCUCAGACGUCUGCACGUUGCCACCAAUGCCAGAUCUGAAGGAAAUCACUUAUUUUCCCAAUUUCCGAGCAUUUGAAGUUAUUAACCAAAAUGUCGAUUUGGAACCAUUGAUGAAAAACAAUCGACAACUCGAACGCAUUUAUAUUGGACGUAUUUAUUUGGUCUCACUGUUACCAUUCAUUCGUCAACUACCAAGAUUGAAACAAAUCAAAGUCAGAAAACUCUUGAGUGGUGAAACCGUUUUGAAUGACGUUGGCAUCGAUUUGGAGGCACUCAAUAAAGAACGAGAAUCAUUGACUGGAGCGUGUAAAACUACGAUCUAUGUCGAAGAGGACAUUUUUUUGGCAACGAAAUUCGCUAAAGUGACGACAAGCCUCAGUUUGAUCGAAUUAAAAAGAGUCCAAUGCUUGGAGUGGCAUAAAAUUCAUCCAUAUUAACAUUUAUUUUAAAUUAGAGUUGAAUUGUCCAUCUUAAAUGUUCAUUAUUCUUAAAAAAUGUGUUCAAAACGAAUAAAAAUUGCAUCGAAAUUUUUCGAUUCAAAGCGUAUUUGAAAUAAACAAAA